AUGAGUCGUGUGAUCGUGUUCUUUGUUCUAGUCAGCUUCAGUAUGACGUGGGGGGAGAUGGGAGCGUGCGGGAACUGUGUUAACGGGGAUCUUAGUGUCACAGAAUUGACGGAGGCGAGGAUCCAAUUUAUUAAGCAGCAGAUAUUGAAGAAGUUGCGGCUGAGCAAGAAGCCGGCUGUAGCUGUGCCAGUGAAUAGUCUGCCGAUGCCGGUAGCUCAAGGGCAGACGUUGAGCCAGGGGUCUGAUAAGCCGCCGGAGUUCGACGACUACUAUGGCAGAACUGAGCAGAAGAUUAUCUUUCCUGUCGAAGGUGAAUGUCUGACUUCAGGGCGAUAUCCUUUCACGUGUUUGCAGUUUGAGCUACCGCCGGAUGUCGAACCCGAAGAAGUUACAGUCGUUGAGCUCUGGUUUUAUAAGGAACGUGACCCUCUAGAUGAAUAUAACCAGACAUUCGUGAUAUCGGAAGCAGCACACUGGGACAGCCAGCAGCAGUUUAAGAAGACGAAACCCAUUGCCAUCAAGGAGACGAGCAUCGGGGAAGGUUGGGUCCGAGUGGAACUGGCGUGGGCGGUCAGGGUCUGGCUGGAGGGAAGGGAACGGCUGCACACGCUACAUGUGGCUUGUAGAACUUGUCAAUUACGUCGGGCCCCACUAUCGUUCCACGAGAAACACCGUCCAUUCCUCGUGCUCUACACGAAAUAUGCCGGUAAGCGUCGCCGAGGGAGAACCCUGGAAUGCGGGGCUAAUACAAGCGAAUGCUGCAGGGAACCGCUUUUUAUCAGCUUCAAGGAUUUAGGGUGGGAUGACUGGAUCAUCAGACCGGCAGGAUACCAUGCGUAUUUCUGCAAGGGGUCUUGUUUGCCGAUCUCUGCUGUUACGAGAGCGGAUAGCUACCAUCAUAAUAUUAUUAGGAAAUACUUCUACUCAGUGUCAAACGACCGGAAAGCAGAAUUCAAGCCCUGCUGCGCGCCAACCACGUUUAGUUCGCUACAAUUGCUCUAUAUGGACUCAAAUAACACGGUGACGCAAAAAACGCUACCGAACAUGGUGGUGGAAUCCUGUGGAUGCAUGUGA